UUACUCUGUUUGUUUCGUGCAAAAGCAAAACCCAGUUCAGCUUAUAAGCUCAGAAUGAUUCCCUUUCGAAUCAUUGUCUCAAUUUUCAUAAUUGUGUUUCCAAUUCCAACUAGAGCCCAAAGCAAAGGCGCGUGCAAUUCUUCAUGCGGCAGUGGAGGUAAAACCUUUACCGUACAGUAUCCAUUCGGGUUCUCGGACUCGUGCCCGAUCCGAUUGAACUGCACCAGCAAAAACAACGUCUCCGAGUCCGAAAUCCAUCUCGGACAAUUCCCAGUCUCAUCCAUAACCUCAAAAAGCAUCUUCCUCAAUCUCCGGGAUGAAUGUGACCGUCCGAUCAAAACAAUCGAACCGCUCUUCUAUCACCCCAACUACUCGCCGACGGUGCAGAACAGCCUCCUCCUCAAGAACUGCAACAAAACCCAGCCAAGCGACUGCGUUUUUUCCACCAGUUUACUCCAGUUCAAUUCGAAGACCUGCAACUCGAGCUCGAAAAGUGGCGACAACGUAAGCUGCUUUUCGCAACAGAGUGUAGUAGGGAACAAGAAGCAGCAGAAGUUUUUGGACCUCCAGGCUGUCCAUAACACAACCUGCAAAUCCGUGUUCUCUUCCAUCUUUGUUGAGUCCGAUGGAAAUGGUUUGGCGCUCUCGUACCAGUUUCACAUGCUCGAGUUGCGGUGGUGGUUGAAAGGGACCUGUAGCUCUAACUCUACUUCUAUUUGCUCCAAUAAUUCGAACUGUUUGGAUGUUAUGAGCGACGACGGCGGAUUUCUAGGGUUCCUGUGCAGCUGUAAUAAUGGGUUUCGCGGUGAUGGAUACAACGGCGGCGAGGGUUGCCGAAAAACUUCAACAGCUAUACCUUCAUAA